AUGGCCACCGAAAACCCCGCCAAGAGGCUCAAGACCGAUGUUCCCACCAUUGGCACGCAUAAUGGUCACUUCCAUGCCGACGAGGCGCUCGCGGUUUCGAUGCUGCAGCUCCUGCCUACUUACCAGGAUGCUCAACUCGUCCGUACCCGUGACCCGGCUCUUUUGGCCGAAUGCCACACUGUUGUAGACGUCGGCGGCGAGUACGAGGAUGGCAAGAAGCGUUACGACCAUCACCAGCGCGGUUUCGACGUCGUCUUCCCCGGCCACACCACCAAGCUCUCCUCGGCGGGGCUUGUCUACAUGCACUUUGGCAAAGACAUAAUCACCACUGUCACUGGUCUUCAGGGCGCGGACUGCGACCUGCUUUAUGAGAAGAUCUACAGUGACUUCAUUGAAGCCUUUGAUGCCAACGACAACGGAAUCAGCGCCCUUGACCCCAAGGACCUCGAGAAGGCGGGCUUGGAGAAGAAAUUUGCGACCAGCGGUUUCACCAUCGCGAGUGUCGUCAACCGCUACAACUAUGGCCCCAAGUCGCCAAAGUCGGACGAGACCAAGACCCCAGAGACCCAACAGGCCGAGGAGGACAUGCGCUUCAUGUCUGCAUCUCGCUUCGUCGGCGAGCAGUUCCGUUGGGAGCUCAUCGACCGUGCUCAAUCAUGGCUCCCUGCUCGUCACCAGGUGAAGCAGGCCUACGACGCGCGUCUCCAAUACGACCCCCAGGGACGUAUCCUGGUCCUUCCUGAGGGCAUGCCUUGGGCCGAUCACCUUUACAAUUUCGAGAAGGAGACGCAACAACCACAAGGCGUUGCUCCCCAGGUCCUGUAUGUCUUGUUCCCUGAAGACAAGCCAGAGGGCAAGUGGCGCAUUCGCGCUGUUAGCAAGGAGAACAGUGGUUUCGAGAACCGCAAGGAUCUCCCUGAUGCCUGGAAGGGUGUGCGUGACGAGCAGCUCGACCAGGUCUCGGGUAUUCCAGGCUGCGUCUUUGUCCACGCCGCUGGCUUUAUCGGAGGCAACAAGACCUUUGAUGGCGCGCUGGCUAUGGCGAAGAAGGCAUUGGAGCUGUAGGAGAUUGAGCAUGAAGGGAAUGGCCGUUUGGAUUACACACCACCCCUAAGGAGAGAUUCCAAAGUCUCAGGUAGGAAACCCCUGGCCGUCAAAUGUUUUCUUUGGGGGUGGCACGAAGCAGCGCAAGUUGCUUACACACUUUGCAUAUGCAUGG